GAAAUCUGGAGGCGACCGACGUGUCCGGUGUGUGCGACUGUCAAAUCCAUUUAUUCUCUCUCUCUCUCUUUCUCUCUCUCUUACAAACACACACAACUCUCGCAGAUUUCGUCGCGAAACAGCAACUCCUUUCCAUCUACGAGAUUCUAUCCAGUCGCCGAUCUUUUCUGGUUCUCUCCACCUAAAUCUGAUUCUCUCUCUUCGCUCCCUCUCGAUGCAAUCUCCCAGAAGACGUUCAAGAAAACUAAAAGUGCCCGCGGCGGUCAUGAUUUCAACUAUCACACCUUGUCUCUCGCGACAAGUAAACAAAUUCUGAAGCCGCGCUGCUCAUUCGUGUCCAGUCUGGAUCUGAUCACACAUAAACUCUGACCCAGAAAUCAUUUCAGUUUCGAAUGGAGGGCGACUCAUUCUCGGGGCUUGGCAAUGGAGCGCAGAAUGACGGGAGGGUGUUGCAGACAUUCCGGAAGAGCUUUGUGCAGGUCCAGAACAUAUUGGACCAGAACAGGCUUCUCAUCAGAGAGAUAAACCAGAAUCAUGAGUCCAAGAUCCCAGACAACCUGAGCCGCAACGUCGGCCUAAUCCGAGAGCUCAACAACAACAUCAAACAGGUCGUCGACCUCUACGGUGAUCUCUCUGGUGACUUCUCGAAGAUCAUGGAUGCUUCCUCUGAGGACAAUUCCUCUGGUAGCAGGACAGGCACAAGAGAAUUAGGCCUGCAUAGGGAAAAAGAUUUUCUCGACUCCAUGUAUGAAACAAGCUGAUGUUGAAUUUUCUCUUCAGCUUUCUUCCCCUAUCUAGCUAGCUAGUUCUUAACCUUGAACUGCCUUUUCCAAAUGAUUUUCUGAGGUUCAUCUCAGUUUGUACGUUAACUAACUGCUUGUGGCUGUGCAAGUAUGAUCAAAAUGGACCGUGGUUAUGAUAUAUAAUUCUAUAGUUUUGUCUUCCAA